UUAAUUUGUUUAUUAUUAUGAUUUGAAUUUUUGUCAUCUGCUAAAAUUAUUUAGUACUCAAAGAUAACAAUCUUUGUUGCUAUAUACUAUUUAUAUUCAAGUUCAAUUAUUUAAUAUUCUGGUGGAAAAGACUUUUUUUUGUUGUUGCUGUUGCAGUCGUCUGUACGAAUAAAUUGAAUUCACUCCUUGUUACUUUGAAAAUGUUCUGAAAGUAUUUUUUUACUAGUUGUUGUAAAAGUAAAUUCGGUUCCAGAUAAAAAUAUUUACUUCUCUUUAAAUGUAUUACUAAACAAGAAUGAAAUGUGAUAUUAUCGAUUUCCUCAUCACAAUAGUGCCUUAUAAUUUUGAUCAAUCAUGUCAGCAAAAAUUGGUUGUUUCAUGAUUGCAGCUGGUGUUAUCAUAUUCAUUGCUUUGUCGUUGAAAAUUCUUAUACAGCCGUUCAUACCAGAAGAUAAUUUUAUACAUGAUUACUUCCCUGCUACUGAAUUGGUUUUUGGAAUUCCGAUCCUUUUUGGGGUUAUGUUCUUUUGUGGGUUUGGUAUGUAUAUCUUUGAGGUAAUAUUAAAAGAAAAUGUGGCUUCUAUGCAAAAUACGAUAAUCAUCUUGAAGGAAAAAAAGCAUUCAUAAAAGGAUUUCUAUUAUCAAAUAACUUCUUUGUCAGGUAAACAUUACGCUUCACCUUAUUAAAUACCUAAUAUAAUAGCAGUAAAUCAGUUUUGUGCCUAGAAGAUUGUAAGUUGGAGUCUCAAACCAUUCCUGUUGAAUUCAUAUAGACUUAUGUUGAUGCUUAAAUAUUGUAGUCAGUCCUUUUUAUCUUAAUAAUGGUUCAAAAUUACAAGGUGUACUUGUAAUAGUAUCUGCAGUUGAUUUGAAGCAAAAAUACAAAUUUAAUAUUUACAAGAAUGUCAAUUAAGAAGGUUUAUUUAAACGAUCAAAAAUAUGUAGUGAAUUUUUGCUUAAAAUAUUAAUAAAACAAAUAAUCAAAACUCAUUAAUGAGUUUAUAUUAUUCCUUGAAGCUUUUUUCACAAGAAUUUUUGUAAAAUUAAUAAGUCCUUCUCAGAUUUGAUUCUUCACCAAUUUUGAUGUACAGU